AUGAGUGAUGUUCCGCCAGUGGAUUGUCUUGACCUCAGUGACUUCCAGGUAUAUAAAAAUUAAUUCUUAGAUUGUCCGUCUUUAGAGGGUGAUCAACAAGUUACGAGACCUCGAGGACAAGGUAUCAUUGAGGUUGAAUUGUGAGCUCCCGACCUAUUCCUUCCCGAAAAAUGCCAAAGAAAUUUGCGAACGAUUUCAGAAGGAAUUGGCGGAGAUCCGACGCCAGAGAUUAAAUGUCAUGUACAAUUGUUUGCGAGAAAAUCAACAGUUUGUUAACCUUAGGAAAGACAAGGAGGAGGGACAGCCAUUGUUGACUACAAUCAUGGGUAAUCUCAGAUUCAUUAGGAACGAGGAAACCGUAGAUGAAAUCAUCAGAGCUCAGACCGAUCAAACUGCCAAUGAGCGAUGCAAGAAGGCCGAACUCAACCCAUAG